GCUCUCUGUCUCUCCUUCUCCCCCUCUCAUUAUUUUUUUGUCUUUCCCCUUCCUUGGAUCGCUCCCUCCUUUCAAGUCCCAGUCGCCCUUGCCAAUUGACUUGGGUUCAUCAUCCCCGGGCUCUUGUCAUGUCGCCCACAUCAGGAACGCGUCGUUUGCACCACAAGGUCCUCGCUGAACUCGGCCUCAGUUCGGUUUGGCAAUCCCCUCGCGAUGUCAAAUUACUCUGUGCCCAGCGCUUUGUUCGGCUCUUCGCCUACGGGGGAUCGACCCUGAUUCUGGCAUCCUAUCUGUCGGCCUUGGGCAUCGCUGACGACCGCAUCGGCCUGUUCAUGACUCUGACUCUCGUGGGGGAUGUCGCCAUUAGCUUCCUCCUCACCCUGUUUGCCGAUGCCAUGGGUCGCCGGGCUGUGCUGGCCCUGGGCUCCGCCUUGAUGGUCGGCAGCGGCAUCCUGUUUGCUACGGUCGGCAAUUACUGGGUUCUUUUGGCGGCGGCCGUCUUUGGCGUGAUAAGUCCGAGUGGAAACGAAAUCGGCCCCUUCCGGGCCGUCGAGGAAUCGACCCUGGCUCAUCUGACCCCCCAUGAUAUUUUGAGCGAUAUUUUCGCUUGGUACUCCCUCUUCGGCAAUGCAGGCACCGCCCUGGGCAUGAUGACCGGUGGAUGGGCCAUCAAUCUCCUCCAGGUCAUCUGGGAAUGGCCCUACAUCCCCGCUUGUAGAGUAAUGUUUUUCGCCUACGCCGCGGUUGGCGCGCUCAAGUUUCUUCUCUCUAUCGCCCUGAGUCCGGCUGUGGAGGCGGAAGAGAAGAAAAAGAAGAAGCCUUCUGUGCGUACUCCCCAGCAGACUAGCGAGGGCGAGGCACAGCCUCUGCUGGGCGAUCGGGCAGACCAGCAACCCCCGAAGAAAUCAGACUUUUCCUUUGUGGGCGAUGCAGAGCUCGUUUCCUUGGUCAUUAGACUGGCGAUCCUGUUCGGCCUGGACUCGUUCGCCUCUGGGUUGGCAUCUUUGUCGUGGAUGACGUACUUCUUCAAGCGCAAGUUCUCCCUUCCUGAAGGGUCCCUCGGAUCCAUCUUCUUCACAACCAGCCUCAUCUCGGCGGCCUCCGUGCUGGUUGCCUCGUCCAUCGCCAAGCGCAUCGGCAAUGUCAAGACGAUGGUCUUCACUCAUCUCCCCUCCGCCGUGUGUCUAGCACUCAUUCCUGUCCCUGCGGCCCUCCCCCUAGCCCUAACAUUCUUGGUCCUCCGCUCCUGCACUCAGACUAUGGACGUGGCGCCGCGCUCAGCUUUCCUAGCCGCUGCACUGCCAUCGGACCGCCGUACGGCUAUAAUGGGUUCCAUUAAUGUCGUUAAAACCUGCGCCCAGAGUCUCGGGCCCCUUCUGACUGGUGUUUUAGCCAAUCAAGGCUACUUCGGGCUUUCAUUCACCAUUGCGGGUAUCCUGAAGGCCGUCUAUGAUAUCGGCAUGCUGCUCAGUUUUGCCGGGAAAGAAAAGCAAGCCAGGCGCCCGGCGCCCGCAGAUCAAGGAGAAGAGUCUGCUUAGAUGCCUCAGGCGCCUUUGAAAUUAUACCGUCCGCAAAACCAGGCUUCUCUAAAUGAGAUCAUGAGUGAGCGCUCCCCGGCUGCUAUAGACCAUCUGCUUUAUAGAUCCUAUGUAUAUACAUCGAGUUUGGUGGAUCCCAGCUUGUAUCAAAAAUGGC